AUGGCAUCCGGAUACGGUCUGCACGGAGGCCCCGGGCGAUGCUUUCCCUUCUGGCAGGAGGUUCUGGCCUGCUACGUCGUCAACACAUCCGCCGAGGACGACUCGGGGAAGAAGAAGUGUGCACCCAUGCUGGAGGACUACUACGAAUGCUUGCACCACAAGAAAGAGGCCGCGAGAGUAAGGGCAAUGCAAGCUGCCUACAGAAAAGCCGAAGCCUCUUCGGCGCGGGAGAAUGCGCCCAGCGCAGGUCAAAUAAGAAACCUAGGCUUGCUGGACAAGGAGGAGGACACCAAGAAAGUCCUCGGCGGAUGA